GAGAGUGAGGGUUGUUCGGCGGCGGAGCCUCCAGCCUGGAGCGCACGCAUGUUCAGUGGACUCGAAUGGUGUGAAGCCCCAGAUGAGGGACUCAGACGUCCGGGAAUGACAGCCGCUGUCACCGAGAGUGACAGCUUUCACUCAGAGCGACUCCGCUGAAACCUUCCAGCUGACACCCAACACUGAUCCGAAUCGGAUCCAGCCAGACCAGGACUAUGCCAGAGAUGGAGAAAGGGAGACCACCGGAAAAUAAACGCAGCAGGAAACCCGCGCAUCCCGUAAAGAGGGAGAUAAACCAGGAGAUGAAGACGUUUGCAGAAAGCACCAUGAACGAGCUCCUGGGAUGGUACGGCUAUGACAAGGUGGAUCUCAGAGACUCGGAGGCCAACGAGAUUAGAAACUACAGAGAAAGGCGUCAGCAUGUGUCAGUGCUAAAAGAAAACUCAUUGCCAAAACCUAAGAGCCUGGACACCAAAGUCAGUCACUCAGUUCUGGCUAUGAAGAGUGGAGUGAGAGAGUCCUCUAGUGUCCCCUCCUCUUCACCCUCCUCUUCCUCAACAAGUUCAUCCUUGACCACCCCCAAGGAGCACAAGAGUGCACCUGUCAUUGUCCCCCUCAUAAAGCCAUCAGCAGUAGAGGAUGUACAGAAUGUGCAGAUAGUGUGUGUUUGGUGCCAGAAGGAGGGUGUAAAACGCUAUUCACUAUGUAUGGGAUCAGAGCUCAAGAGCUUCUGCAGUGAGAAGUGUUUUGCUGCCUGCAGACGGGCCUACUUCAAACGCAAUAAGGCCAGAGAUGAAGACCUCCAUGGUGAGAGAUCCCCACAGCACCCCCAUACGGAGGACUCACCCAGACUGGUGUUGAAGAUAAACAGCAAUGUUAGAUCUCUCUCCCCUGUGCCGCAGGUAUGUGAUUGGUGCAAGCAUGUCCGCCACACUAAAGAAUACUUGGACUUCGGAUCUGGUGAAGAGAGGCUUCAGUUCUGCAGCACCAAGUGUCUGAAUCAAUACAAGAUGGAUGUUUUCUACAGAGAAGCCCGUGCAGCUCUCACCAGCUCCAGCCCAGGCAGAACCAGCCAGGAGGGGAGGUCGGAGAGCAGUGUGGCAGGGCAAAAGCUACUCACUCCAGAGUCUUGGAACAGCAGCACCAGUGCAGGGGAAGCUCGUCAUAGAAACCUUUCCCCUAAAGGGCCUACGCCAAUCCAUGGAUCAGCAGAAUCCACCUCUAUCUCCCCCUCAGAGGCAUCAUCUUCUUCUUCCUCUUCUAAGAUCGCUGUCUCUGGGCUUAGGAGCCUGGACAGGCCCAUCCAGCCUCCUCCGCCUCCCUCUGCUGUAGAGGUGCCAUCUCACCCUGUUCCAAUUCCUCCUCUUCCUCCACGUCCCCCUCUGGAACAUCAGCCAGUACCUCAAAUCCACAUGCCCUUCAUCAGACCUCCUCUUCAUGCUCAGGGCCUCAGAAGUCCCCUUACCAACCCUCCCAGACACCCAGGCCCCCCUUCCAGCCCUAUCCACAGACCUCCUCACUCUCCUCACCUGCAGCCCCCAACAUCUUCUUCCAUGAAUCCCCCUGGACUGAUGCAUCCCUUCCCAGGAGCCUACUUCCCUGGCUUGCAUUCCCCUCCCCUUAACAUGAUGCCCAGAGGCCCUGUCCCAAUGCCUCCUAUAAUGAACUUUGGUAUUCCCUCCUUUAGCCCACUCUUGCCCCAGCCCACUGUCCUGGUGCCUUACCCCAUUAUUGUUCCCUUACCUGUCCCCAUACCCAUUCCUAUCCCCAUUCCAGUCCCUUCUAAAGCAAACCUAGAAACCCCAACUCACAGUGGAGUUAUACAGCCUGUGCCAGAGGGGGCAGACCGGGGUAGGUCCAUAGCUACCAGGCCUCCAUCUCCAGGGAUGUUUGAAGUGGAUGGCCGAUUGGCAGCCAACAAAUUUGGUGGAACCUUGACUCAGGGUCUCCCCUCACCCAGUGACCCCAAUGCCAGGGACACAGAUUGGGUUAAAUCAGAGAGGCCAUUCCCAUCCCCAACAUCCACACCCCACAGUGGAGCAUCCUCCCCCAGGGCACAGUACAACGCAUCCCCCUGCUCAGCCCCAGGGUCGGAUGGGCCGACAGACUAUAAACAGCAGCAACAGUCAGAGCGACAAGUCAUACAAAGGGUACUUCAAAGGACCCAAGUGAAGCUGGAACCCAGUGCCAAUGCAGUUGUGGACGUUUCAGGGCUCAGGUCGUCAGGAACUGGGCAGGGUACCAGAUCAGGGUUCCACGACAUCAUCAGACCUACCCCUCCUCUACCACAGUCCCCUUCUCAUGACACUGUAUACCACCAUCAGGACUCCCACACUCCACCUUCACACACCCCACCAAGCCCUACAGGGAGCAACCAUCCAUAUGAUGCCACAUCUUCUGCCCUGAAACCUCAGGACCACGGUCCAAAUGGGAUGUCCUCGUCAUCCACACCCGCCAGUCCAGACUCCUCCUUACCCCAGAGAGUACCAGCACCACCCCCUGACCCUGCACUCAGUGAGCUGGAGGCUAUUAAAGAGAACAAGUGCUCUGUUGUUGGCCCAGUACGGGUUGAGGGCCCAGUCAGUCAGUCAGAAGAGCCCUUAGCAGUAGUUGGGGAGGUAGGAGAGGACCCCCAUGUUCCUGAUGAGGACCAUGCCUAUGCCCUGCCCACAGCGCCAAAGACAGGCGGGACCACCACCCCACUGCUCUUGCCCAAACUCAGGGACAAGGGCAGCCUGCGGAGCCCUGCUAAUAUGCCCAGUGCUGGAGACAUGGAGCCAGCUCUGAAGAGGCGAUGCCUACGAAUCCGCGAUCAGAAUAAGUAGAGGAUGGAGACUCCCUGUUUAACACUGUAUGGCGGUGCCAGAUUCAGUGCCACGCCCUCUUGUGGACAACACCAGUGCUAACAUCCUCCAGCCUGUCCUUCAGCCUGUCAGCCCACCAGAGUGUUGCUCUGCCUGUAGACCAGCAGGGUGCCAACCCAGGAAGCAGUCCAGAUGGCCAUAUUAUCACAAGUCAACGUGGGGGAAGAACACACAACACAGUCACACAUUUUGUCUUGGACCAAAGAGUAUUGCUGGCUAGUGUGUUAUGUUGUGUUCAGUGAGCACUUGAUAUGGAGCAUCUCAGAUCUUCUCCCUGUCUGACAUUGCCCGUGUGUGUGUGUGUGUGUGUGUGUGUGUGUGUGUGUGUGUGU